AUGUCUCGAUCAGUUACAAUGUAUCGUUACAUGAGAAGUGUGAAGAAAAACAAAUUCAGUAGGCAUGGAGCACUGAAGUCGGCAAAGGCUGCAUUAAAUGACAUAAACCAAAAGCAGUCCAUGCAUACAAGAAGUCCUUUUGGUCUGUUUGCUUUACUACCCCGAGAAAUGCGCUUUAUAAUAUUUGGCUUCACUCCACUUUCCGAUCUCGGGCAACUUUCCUUGACAUCGAGACUUCUCACGGACGAGGUUGUGAACUAUAUCCACAGCAAAGACGCUUUACACGCCAUUGUUCCAAAUAUCCAAUUUAGGAGUGAACAGGAAUCUUCCGAGCUUUUCAUAAACGCGAAAACGGAGUACUGCUGGAACCACUUCAAGGACCUUGGUGAGACUUACAACUGCAUCAAAUUUCAGUAUUGGAAUAGCUUAUAACUCCACUAUCAUCCUCUCUAAAAUGCAUUAUACAAGCGUUUUUAAAUUAUGCGCUGCCAUGCUUUAGACUAAAAGGGGAAGUACAAUUUAUUUAAACAAAACAAAGUGGUUUAUCAAGAUCCAAUUAUAGCCUGAUUCUUAGACAGUCCAAAGUCACUCGCUCAACUGAAGUAAAGCGGAUGACUUCGGAUCGAUUGAAUAUCAGGGUACAAUCCGCUCGUAAUUAACGCAUAACAUUCACGCAAAGACUUUUUAAGAAGUGGUAGGAAAUAAAAUUACAAAAAUUUACUACAGUUUGCCACCAUACCCACCUUCAACCAUUCAAUGUUGUACAAUCAGAAAAAAAAGUGCAAUAUUGUACGGGGAAGAGGGGGGGAAAGUGAGAGUGUUAGGAGUAAAAUUGGGAGGCUAUUUCAGAUUUUCGCAAUCUCAGUGGUAAUGUGCCAAAAAAUUAAUCACUGUAACUCAGCCGUAAAAUUAUAUUUUUUUACAGGGAUAUUACUUAAAAGGGCAACCUGCCUCUUUUCCACUAAAGAAAGGUUACAGGAAGUCGGAGUAGUUUUGGAUAAGGUAUGAAAUCAAGUUAUACCGCGUUCCUAUAACUUACCCGUCAUAAAUGAUGAUAGGAUCCAGUUGAGAUCAAUAAUUCUUGCUUUCCCUUUGCUCAUGUCGCUGUUUCAUCGCAACCGACUUUAGGUCCCAUCAUCCAAGGACUAGCAUUUAAUUCUAAACCAGUUUUAAUGGGCUGUGUAUUUAAGCAUUAUUUUCUAGACAUGCCUAGUUAAACAAGUGUUAAAAUGUGAUACUGACAGAAAUCCUUACAAAAACUUGAGCUAGGCAAAUAAUCACAUGGUAUUCUGAUAUCUGGUGGUUCACUGACUGAGGGAAAGCAAGCAGGAUACAUGAGCUUGAUAUGAGAUUUCCCUCUCUAAUGAGAUUUCCCUCUCUAAGUCAUCGUGUGUUGAACAACUCAGUUCUCUACGACAAAUUGUGCGAUUCUGAUAUCAUGAAAUCAUGUAAGGACAUUUACAAUAACAUCCAAACUCAUUUAACCGUCUGUAGCUCAAAGACACACACUCAAAGAUCUGCACCACCCUUGGAAGUGAUACUGCCUACAGCUGUUACGGAAAGUUUCUUCACUCCUUUGUUGCAGGAUGGGAGGAUGAUGAGAAGUUUAAAGCCUAUCUUGCUAUCAAAGGUAUAAACCGGCUAAAAAAAGAAAGACACAGACAGACGAACCGACUUAAAAUUCCGUUGAACUGUUCCGGUAAACAGGAGACUAACUGACUACUGUUUAGCUUUGGUGGAUUAGAUGGGGUUGGCAAAAACCGGACAAGGUAUCUGGAAACGUUGGGUUCCUAGUUAUCAAGGAUAAAACAUGAAUGACUUUGAAGUGAAGAUAUUCACUUCGUUUUAUGCUCAAGCGAGCCAACGCUUAGAUUACUUGCUUUAGAAAAUUUGCAUUCUUCGUUAACGUUUAUCAAACUGUAACAAGCACCCACGGUGAGUUCCAAAGCGUUAGUGUCCAAAAGCAUAAUUUCCUGCCUCCUCCCUCUAGGUCACUCCUCCAGGCUCUGUUUGAAUUUUGUUAACAUAGAGCCCAGGGCUUGUGCCUGUACUGCUGGAUGUAGAGUCCAAGGCAGUGCAGCACCUGGGCGUUCCUCUUCUCACGCACACACCUGCAUUUUAUUUGACUUCAUAAUCUUUUAAAGGGGCCUCAUGUUUGGAUGACAGAAUUAGGCAGGUGCUUCGCUCCCCGCCAGGAUCACAACCAUGGUACGAGAGAUACAUAAGAGUAUUCUGUCGAGAGAUAUUCUUGGACAAGGCUAGCGAUCACACUGAGAGAGGAUUCUGGCUUUGCAAAAUACUAAAACCAUGGCCCCUUGUUUUCCAAGCCCGACUAAUUUACAUUCUAUACGGACCCGUCAAUGAUGAAAACGGUAAGUAUUUAUCAAACUGUCUUAAUAUUCACUGAUGACGAUCCAAAAAUCUCUGACUAAAAAUUGGCUCCUCAGGGCCUACCUAACGUGCCUCCUAUUAUAUUCGGUUAAGGAAGUCUUCUGGCCGUUUAAUUUUGUAUAAGCAGCAAAAUCAUGUCAAACAUUUGUAGAAACUAAACUGCCCUUUGUUUACUUGGUUUUUCGUCCUCGAUCCGUAAAGAACGAGGAACUUACCCUUAAACUGAAGGCAUAGAAACCGCGUAUCCGACUCACCCUUACAACUUCUAUUGUUCUGUCGCUUAUGAUUUCAGUACCAAACGCAUGAAAUUUUCCUACGACAACCAUACUUUGUCUUACCUGGUUUUAACAUGUGGACUUAUAAUUUGCAGGAACUGUCGCCUGGAAUGUGUUACAAAGUUGUCCAACUUAUUUUGGCGUCGAAGACGCCGAACUAAUGGACCUUGCAGACGUCCUCAAGAUAUUACAUGUGUAUUGUGACAGCAAGGAUUGGAACGAAGAUGAUUUUAUCAGCGUGUUCGAGGAAUUAACCGGUAUUUGCUUUUAACAGUACAGUACAUGUCUGUAAGUGAAUGGAAUUUGAAACAUAUGCUAUGGGCGCGGCUUGAUUUAGUGUAACCUUUGAGGUACGCCUCACACCAAUUGAUCAACAUCUACUUUCCGUUUUUUUUCUCUUUGGGAUAACCGUCAAUCGAAUUUGAUAUCUCACCGCGUUAAAGCUUUUGGACUGAGCAGUAGUAUAAAAAUGAAUUCAAUCGCAUAGCGUUGCGUUGAAGCUGCCUUUCUUUAAACAAAUUAAUGCCCCUUUCUGUUUUCUUCAACUUCAGGUACGCCAUCUGACUGGUGCUUGGAAAAUAUCGCCAAGCUGCUAAAACUGUGUGGAGAAUCAGUUUGCUUUGAAGUGCUAGGAAAUAAAGCUAUGAAUGGGAGAGUCCAUGAAUUAUCAUACUUAGGUUACUACCUUGGUCAGGUAAUGUUUCCAUGAUAUUUAGUCAAAGAAGUGAUUCUGUAACACGUUUAAAUAGGUUUGUUGUAUGGAUGUUGUUUGCAAACUUGGACUACAGUACUAUGUAUUUCUUGUAUUAUAAAUAUCACAGGUUUUAGGACAAGAUGACAUGAUAUAUGGCAAAGGGAAUGGUAUUCAAUGCUUUUCAAACACCAUGAGACAAGUUCUGGCUGUCAUGCCAAGCAGCAAAGAUCAAGCUGCCUUGACAUCAUCCUUGUUCAAUGUAUGGGAAGAGAACAUACUAAGCCUUGGAGAGGGACUCCAAGAAGACCUAGGUACUUAAUACAAUAACUAUUACAUUCAAAUGUUCAUUUUCAAUAUAAUCUUAAAACAACUUCCCUCAAACAAACAAACAAACAAAAACAAGUUCAUUUAUUGGAAAUAAAUUGUUACCUCAAAAAGUAAAAAAAAAAAACCAAGUACAUUCAUUGAAAAAUGUUAAGUAAAAAAGUUGAUUUUGAUCAUUUACUCCAGUUUCACUCUUAAGUAAUUGAGAUAAUGUAGAUUACAGGAAACAAAGAGGAACAGGAAAAAACUUAGAGGGUGGAUAUAGGAAAAAAAAGUUUAGUUGUGAAUUUUUUUUUUCUGUAGGACUCCCCAUAUUGAUAUGUCUGCUCACUUUAUUCCACCUCUUUUUGAUUACCCCUCCCCCCAGGAGCCUGAGGCAGUGCAAGGAAAAUAAUCAUGCCUGAUAACUUAAUGAGUCUUAGGGAAUAUAAGGGGUCUUGAAAACCAAAAGUUUAGAAGAAAAGUAAUCAUGGAAAUUAAUAUAGGAAAUUCUGAAGCUAAGGAAAAGAUAUUUUCAGUCUGCACAAAGUAAAGAAACCCAAUUAAACAACAAUUACAGAGUACAAUAAGAAAAUUAAUCAUACUUAGCAAUAAUUGACUCUGUUUUUUAUUUCUAGAUGUUACUAUCCCAGAAGAGCAAGAACAGGUUUUUGCUGCAAGUAUACACAACCUAACUAAAAUAGCAGCAAUCUUUCUUAAAGAAUGUACAGUAAAAUGAGACCUCACAGAAGAACAGUUCUAAAGAUCCUUUGAAUAUCAUAUUGAAAAAAAAAUCAAUUUAUAAAAGAUUUUGACAUAUUGCAUUGCAUCUCUAAAAAUAUUGCAUCUCUAAAAAUAUUAAAAUUUACAUUUUUUGUGGAAAUUUAUUGAUGGAUACCUUAAAAAAUGUUUAAUACAUUGUUAAUAAAUACUUUGUUUAUGCUUUUUUCCCCUUUGUUAUCAAUGUAUCCUGGUAAUAUUACUCAAAUCUCAAGACAAUAAAUGUAAUAAUUAAAAAUCAUUAGUGAUUUUAAUCACAACAAGGUAAUAACGACUCCUGUAUUGGUUAUAAAAUAUUAUUGAAAGUAAAUGUGUCACCUGCCAAAGAAUUUUUUUUACUUACUUUUUAUGUACUUGUCAAAUUAAUUCCUUACAUGAAUUUCCUAUUACUUUACUUUUGGUAUACUAAGUCAUUGGUAUAUUCAUUGUCACCUUUCAAUCAAUUAUAACACCUGACAUCCAACAACUCACAAUCUUAAUUUUAAAUAAAUUUAUUCAGUUAAUCCCAUUAUGUACAUUCAGUGUCAGUUGCCUUGACUAAACGCUAUGCAGACCUACAUGAUAAGACGAGACAGGGAAAUAAUUGCAAUGCAGUAUUAUCAAUAAUUUUUGUCACAUGUACAGCUUCAAGAAACUAGGGAUACCAUUGUUGAUGAAUCUAUGUGAGCCAUUACCUCCCCCCCCCACCUCUAUUCCCCUCCGAAAAAAAAACUGGCAUGCGUCACAAGGUAAUGACGUGAAGUAUCAGCACCUCUAGCUGCAAAAGAGAGACAUAAGUACAACUUGAAAAUGAGGAGAAAAAUGGAUGCUUACUACGAGCCAAAACCGUAAUCAGAACUGUCCGGCAAAUCCAAAUUUUCAAAUGAAUUAUUGCUCAACUAAGGAGAUCUGAAACUCGUUUGAUGUAAUAUUAUUUGAUCUCUCCAAAUUUGGGAGAUGGACGAGACGAGACGAGACGCGACGUGAUGCAAUGUAAUUUGCAUAAUGCGCAAGAGCAAGAAUUUAUACAGAUCGCGAUUGUUCUAUUACUUUGUUCUGUUCGACCUUUUGUUUUGUUUAAAAAGUUAAUUGAAACUACAGGCGUUAAUCAACAAAAUGUAAGGUAGAAAUUAACAAGCGCUAAUAUUGAUUUGUAGCCUUUAAGACGCAACAAAUUACUUACCUAAGUGUUUCCGGUGUCAGAGAAAUGAUUCAGUUGUUUCACCAGGAUAUCAUGCGGGUCAAAUAACUAGUAACCUUUCCUCGACGUGAAAACAAUUUCAUACCCAAAAUUCAUGACUCUUCGAAAAACGAAUGUUGAAAACCUGUAUGUGCCACCAAUAAACUGUAAAAUUUGUUAUCUCGCGAUGACAACUGUUCUUGACAGCCUUCAAUUGAUAAACAAGUUACGCGGGUAUUCCAUGACAAGAGACUGUUUGUGGUAGUGACGUCACUGAGUCAAAAUAUACUCAGUCGUAACUAUCGAUCUUCGGGAACGACGACCUAAUUUGUUGCUGCUGGUUCAAUUUCUCGCCGACUAUUGAGUAACAUGGGUGGUAAACCUGAUAAAGACAGAAAAGACAAGAUAAUCGAGGAUGAUUUUGUGGAUGUAGAAAAGUUUUCAGGACGCCACGAUGAAUUCGGCGAACGGAAAGGUGAAGGAGCGUAUUUCUUCCCUAAUGGGGAUAUUUACGAUGGAGAUUGGAAGAAGGGCAAGAAGCAUGGCUAUGGAAUGUAUACAUAUGCAAAUGGUAAAAGGUAUGAUAAAUUUUCUGGGCGACGGAAACAUCGCAAGAAAAGUCUUUUGCGUUAAAUUUUUGCCCGGCUUUAUCUUUACUUCCGGUAGUGCUGUUUCGAACGCUUCAUUGUCCUUAAAGAACAAUACACUGCUCUUUGAAGAAUUGCGUUGCGGUGUAAUAUGCUGUUGUUUAAUCUAUGGCCUCUCGAAGAGAUCUAACGUCGAAACUUGUAAAAACAAUACAUUGCAGUAUUUUCCUUCUUGGUAAUAUCAUCUGCCGAAGAUACGCUAUACCAUCGAGAAAUUCGCAAAAUGUGCCCGACUAGUCAGAUAUGAUGACGAAGGGCUUUCGCCGGAAACUCGGAAACUUAAAAAUACGAAAACUCCAAUUUUCAAAGAUAUAAAGAUCAUGGUCCUUUUCAAACGAAUGUCACUGAAUGUAAAUUUAAAAUUUAUAGUGUGCUUGUUGUUGUUUGAGAUCUCUAAGCUGGUUUGAAAUCAAGCGAAAUGACUGUAAAUUACAGGAUUACCCACGGUCUCAUUGCAAUUGACAUUGCUAAUCAGGCAGAUAAAUAUUUUAAUUUUGGUGAAAAGAAUAAUUCUGAAAUUCGUUAAUAAUAGAUUUCACGAAAGUUAAAGUCGUAGAACAAAACACUCCAAACGAAUUUUCUCGUUCUCAAGAGUGUGUUAGAAGAGCAGUCACUACUGAGAUUAGGAAUUUAUUUCGUACCUUUACUCAACUGGAGAGUGAAUGGGAAGUACAAAAAUGUUCUUCUCUCCAAGAAAUCUUGCGAGUGAUUAUUGAGACGGUUAAUUAAAUUAGUCACACUAAUCAGUCUUAUGCCUUUCAAUAAGGAAACUCAAUAUUUCUUAAUCUAUUUUGAUUAUCUUAGUUGACGCUAGACGGCCUGUCACACAAUCUUCGUCGAGGGGUGCACGGCAGCGUCACGUAAAAAUUACUUCCAAGGUUCUUUUUACUUGUUGGUUGCUUUUCAGUUUAUACCGUCUUAGUAAUGUACAUUCCUUCUGUGUGUAGCUGAAUCCAAUAUUUUGUUUUCUUUAAGCAUUAAAGGAUGGUUUUACAAGGAUCAAUUCAUAGGAUCAGAGCCAAACGAAAAGUUAAAGAAAAAAUUGAAAAAGAAAAAUAAAAAAUGUGAAAAGGAUGCCGCAACGCUUCCUCCACCAGCAAGUCUUGCUUUGUAAGUUUAUCUCAAGUUUCAUUUAAUUUUUAUUUUGAUAACAUGGUUAUUUAUAAUUCAUAACAUGCAGGAGCCUAAUGGACUCUCGGAACAUUUCAGUGCUAAUAAUAUCAGUCACUUCCGCCAUUUGAAAAGGGAUUUUAAAAACUGCUCGAAAUAAUUGAACUGUCGUUUUCAACAAAAGGAAACACUUGAAAACUGCAUCAGAACUAUGUAACAAUCUGCAACGACAAUUUUUGCGUAACGUUGCUGCAACUUUUCGUGGAACGUCACAGGUGAGUGAAUUCCAGAAACUCGCAAAAUGUUGCCAAGUAUAACAACAUCUUUGCGAUUUCCAUGGCAUAUUAAGGUCCGAUUUCAACAUUUGCUUCAACGUGUAUUCAACACUUUGUUGAACCAAAUGUUCUGUGCGUUUGAACAGGUCGUCCAACAUUGUUGAAAACAUAAAAAAAUGUUGAAAGCUUGUUGAAAGCGUGUUGAAUCACGUUUAAAUCGGUUUAAAUUUUCAUUCAACAUCGAUUCAACUUUUCCUUUGUCGUCCCGCGUUGUGAUUCAACUUUAGUUGAACGAAUGUUGGUCAAAUGUUGAAACCGUAUAAACGGGCCUUUACAGUAUUUGCCGUUUUAGUAUAAAUUGAACAAAAAUGGUGCAACACCGGUAAUGUUGAAUUCGUGUCCCCCUCUCUUCAAAGAAAUGCACCUUUAUCUUAAGAGGGCGUUUGGUGGAAUCAUGGCACCCUUGGAUUCGAUUUACAGUCACUUAUUUUUCGCGUUUUUCGUGUGUAUUGACAAAGGCGAACGUGAGGAAAGCGCGAGGAGAGCGUGAGGGACGGGUGCAAGGACAUUGCAAUGGGCGAGCGUGAGGAGAGCGUGAAUUAGGGAGCGCGAGGAGGGAGAGUUACGCGCUUCCCUCGCAUUUGCCGCUUAUAUGAUAACACGCAAGUAUAUGACAAUGAAGCCUGUUUCAAAGGCUAGGUUUGCAUAUUCCGUUCGUCAAUUAAUCCGGAAGACUUUGAAAAACGAGGCUUGCAUUGGAUAAUAUGAUUUGUCCAGUCAUCUUUUGAGAAACCCGUCUAAUUAUUGAAGUUUGCUUCCCUAUAGUUUCCAGCCUGAUGAGAGAGACUCCAAGCCCUUCCCUACAAUUCUUAAAUCCAACAGCCUCGAAGACGUUUCAACAGCCGGCCGGCACGAGCCUGAUGGAUUCCGACGGACGAAAAGUGAACGCCGAGCAAAGAGCGCCUUUAAGAGAAAUUACAGACUUCCCAGCAAAGAAGAUGAAAAGAUGGAGAGGAAGAGGAGCGUGAGGCUAAGGCAGUCAAUCCGCGCCAAAUAUGGUUUGCCAGUACCUUCGAGAAAAAAUCCCUUGCUUAGUGGUUCUGACUAGGAUUGAAUUGAUAUUAAUUCCCCAAUGCAUUUAUUUAUGAACCAUUUAGAUAUAUACAAAACGAACUGAAAUUAGAGCGCGGUGAUUGGUUGUUGCCUCUGAUCUUUCGGUGUGCGGGCGCAUAGCUAAUGUCUCAGAGAAUUUUUAGAAUCAAACCAGUUUUGCUGGGGCUUUUUAUGAGCAAAUAAAAAAAUCAAACAAAUCAAACAAGCCCACAAAAAUACAGAAAAAGGGAAAGAGUCUGAAAAACCAAGAUUAAUAUUAUCUUCACUUGGAGCCUUCAAAAAUCCCAGAAUCUGGAACAAAUCUACAAAUUGUCGAGCCACAAGGCGAGUAAUUAACGUCACUUAUUUUACUUUCUGGUCAGGUUCUAGAACAAAUCGAUCACAUGCUUUGUGUCUUUGGUUGUAAGAAUUUUGAUUUCAGAUAAAAAACCUUUACCUCCGUUGGGUGGGUAAGAUACGAAUCCGUUUUGAUCUAUGAGAAGAUCUCGGUUCCAAAUCUUUUCGUUACCUAUAACACAAAUUUCUGCUGCCAGGAUAACUCACUCCUGGGACAAUAGACUAAGGUUUACCUUUUUAUAUAAACAACGCGUGUUAAUAAAAAAUGAGUUUUAUGACUUUUACUUUAAAAGAAACAUUUUGUCAACAUAACAUGAAAAUUGUGAGAUUAAAAAAAAAAAUACAAAGAAGGGCCACAAAAUGCAAAGGAGGCACCCCGCAGCAUUGGACGAAAAGAAUAUGUAUGUAUAGUUGAUAUAUAGUCUGGGUAGCAUUAAAUAACAAACGGAACGUAAAUUGAAUUCUGGAUUUAUUUGUUAUU